AUGCCCACCCUCAAAACCAUCACCAUCUUCGGCGCCGGCGGCGACAACAUCGGCAAAUCCAUCCUCUCCGCCCUCCUCCUCGACCCCUCAUCCUUCAAAGUCUCCAUCCUCACCCGCCAAAGCUCAAAAUCAACCUACCCGUCCUCGGCCACCAUCCUUCGCGUCCCUGACGACCUGCCCCACGACGCUCUCGUCCACGCUCUCAAAGGCCAAGAGAUCGUCAUCUCAGCCGUCGGCUUCGCCUCCGGGGCGCUGGAAACGCAGUAUAGAGUUAUUGAUGCAGCGAUUGAGGCGGGGGUCAAGCGUUUCGUCCCGAGCGAGUAUGGGUUUGAUUAUGCGGACCCGGGGAAUGCGUGGCUUUCGCCGGUGUUUAGGGUCAAGGGGGAGGUGGCGGGGUAUCUUGAGGGGAAGGUGAGGGAGCAUGAGGGGUUUGGGUGGAUGGGGUUGGCGAGUGGGAUUUGGUUGGAGUGGGCGCUGGAGGUCAAAUUUCUGGGCAUUGAUCCUGUGGAGCAUACGGUGGCGUAUUGGGAUGGGGCUUAUCAUGCUGCUUCUCAUACGACGCUAUCGUAUGCUGCGCAGGGUGUGAUUGAGUGUUUGAAGCACCCGGAAGAGACGAAGAAUAAGCGUGUCUUUCUCGAAGCUUUCACUGCUAGCCAGAGGGAAAUCGUUGCUGAGCUCGAGAAGCAGCAGGGCGUGAAGUACGAGGAGCUUGAGCCGGUGGAUGGUAAGAAGACCGUCGAAGAUGCUCACCAGCGCUGGGAGGCUUCUGGCCAGACUGAUAAUGAUGCGGUCAUCACUACGGUUGUGGCUGGAAUUCUGAUGCCCGAGUAUCAUGCUGACUUUGUCCAAUCUGGCAAGAAGCCGAUGCUCGAGGAUCUCGUGCAGAUGCCCAAGGUCACGCUCGAAGACGUGGUGAGGACUGUGGUGGAGAGGCAGGCCCGAGCGUGA